AUGUGGGAGCACGUUCUGAAACCCGGCGAGUAUUUCGCGUGCGAACCACAGUCGGCCUCGCGCGACGAUGCAAGCGUGACAUUUAUGGGCCUUGUCUUGAAGGCGUUUCCGUACGCCCUGCUGUGGGGAUUGGGCACUGCACUCGGGGAAUUGCCCCCCUACGCCGCGUCCUACGCAGCCGCUCGCAGCAAGUUGGCCGAUGAAGAGUUUGCAGAGUUGGAGGAAGAAAUCCGCGCCGGCAAGCCUUCCAUGGUGACCCGCAUGAAAGUGUGGAUGCUGGAGCUCGUGCAAAAUUACGGCGCGCUGUCGGUGUUUUUGCUCUCCUGCUGGCCCAACAUGCUGUUCGAUCUCUGCGGCAUCGUGUGUGGACACUUCAUGAUGCCCUUCUGGGAAUUUUUCAUCGCGCUGUUCUUGGGGAAAGCGGUCGUCAAGACCUUCAUGCAGAUCGCCUUCUUUGUCUUUCUGUUUUCCUCGAAAUACGACCAGCUUCGAGCGCACUUCGUAGGAGAGGUCGCCCGGAUCUGGCCCAUCAGCUCCAUUGUGGAGAAAAAGUAUGGCGGCGUCGCGCAGUUCGAACAGUUUGUCCUCAAGGAAAUCAACUACCUGCGUGCAGGGAUCGAGAAGAAGGGCGCAAGCGCUUCUGGCUGGUCCGUCUCCACGGUGUUUGGAGGGAUCGUGGCGGCCUUCAUUUUCCUCUUUUGUCUUGCAUGCAUUGAGCAAUUUGCUCAGAUGCGCCAGAAGAAGCAAGACGAAGAACUGAACGCCCGCAUUGCCGAAAUGCUCGACGAGCAAGACCACUCAGCCUCGCCGGCGGCUGACAAAAAGCGAGGAAACAAGAUUCACGACAAGGCAUCAUAA